AAUCACUCUUCCCACUUCAACUAAGCAAACCAAUAAUGGCUACCACUCGUCUAACUCUAGCUCCACUCCUCCUCAUCGCAGCCGUACUACUCGCAACCAAGGCCACCGCUCAGCCGGCAGCCCCCGCUCCAGGCCCUGCUGGUCCCAUCAACCUCACUGCGAUCCUCGAAAAAGGUGGUCAAUUCACUACUUUCAUCCAUCUUCUAAACAUCACUCAAGUCGGUAGCCAAGUGAACAUUCAAGUUAAUAGUUCAUCCGAAGGUAUGACAGUGUUUGCACCAACAGACAAUGCUUUUCAAAACCUUAAACCCGGAACCCUAAACCAGUUAACCCCAGACGAGCAAGUUAAACUCAUUCUCUACCACGUUAGCCCCAAAUUUUACAGUAUGGACGAUCUCCUCUCCGUGAGUAACCCGGUCAGGACUCAAGCUUCUGGCCGAGACAACGGUGUGUACGGGCUUAACUUCACCGGUCAAACAAACCAAAUCAAUGUCUCUACUGGUUAUGUGGAAACACGUGUUAGCAAUGCGUUGAGGCAACAACGUCCUCUCGCAGUUUAUGUUGUCGACAUGGUUUUGUUGCCCGGUGAGAUGUUCGGAGAGCACAAGCUUUCGCCGAUUGCUCCUGCACCUAAAUCUAAAUCCGGUGGGGUUUCCGAUGACUCCGGCUCCACUAAAAAGGCACCCUCGCCGUCGGAUAAGUCAGGCUCCGGUGAGAAGAAAGUCGGGCUAGGGUUUGGUCUUGGACUUGUUGCCUUGUGUUUGAAAUUUCUCUUUUGAAAAUUUAAUAUCAAUGAUUUGUUUUGCUUUCUAUUGAUUUUAUCCUGCGAUUUGAGGUAUAAAUAUGAAAUUUGUUA